AUGUCACCUACCGAUGUCUUCAGCUCAGGCUCAACUGCCUUGAUCACGGGAGCCGGAUCAGGAAUUGGGCUUGCCAUUGCAAAGACAUGCCGAAGCAAGGGCAUGCGUCUUCUUCUCGUUGACAACGACGAGGAAGCUCUUGAGAGCUUGAAUAAGCAGCAUUUUGCAGACGACUCCGAUGUUCUCACUUCAAAGGUCGACGUUUCAUCACUUUCAGACUGGCAGUCGCUGAAGAAGCUCGCGCUGGACAACUUUGGCACCAUCGAGUUUUUAGUCUUGAACGCAGGCCGAGGUCUUAAGGGUACAUGGGGAGACGAUGACUACUUCAGAGAGACACUCGAAACCAAUCUUUUCGGUGUUAUUCACGGCAUAAACACCUUUCUUCCUGUCGUUCAACAGGCUGCCAAGUCAAAGCCUACAAGCAUAGUUAUUACAGGCAGCAAGCAGGGUAUCACAAACCCUCCUGGAAACGCAGCAUACAACGCUUCCAAGGCUGCAGUUAAAACCCUCGCUGAGCAUUUGAGCUACGAUUUGAAGGAUGAAAGCACGACUGUACACCUACUUGUCCCUGGCUGGACCUUUACUGCGUUGGCUGGUGCAAAGGUGUUCAAAGAGAAGCCAGAUGGGCCCUGGACACCGGAACAAGUCGCAGAGUAUCUCUAUGAGAAGAUGGGAAAGAACGAGUUCUACAUCAUCUGUCCGGAUAACGAUGUUUCUGAAGAGAUGGACAAGAAGCGUAUGACGUGGGCUGCAGCUGAUGUGGUCCAGAGACGACCACCACUGUCGCGAUGGCGGGAGGAGUGGAAGAAGGAGGCGGAAGAGACUAUGGCAAAGAUGGAGAUUUAA